AAUCAAUCGAUACAUGAACCAAUCAAAUGAUAGAUAUAAACUGAAUUGUCGUAACAGUGGCAACAUUCACUCACUAUUUAACUCAGUAAAACAAAUAAAUAAAGAGUAUAUUUUUGGGAUUUAUUGAACCAUUGAAACCAUUGAUUCCUCUCUAGCUCUCUCUGUGGAUUAUUAGUAUUGUUAGUACAACUAAAAAUGUCAUCAUCAGCUUUGCCAUCACAAUCAUCAUCAUCAACGCCUGAGGAAUUAAAACAAUCUUUUCUAGCAUUUUGUAAUUUUGUUAAAAAAGGAUCUACAACAGCGACGGAUAAAACAUUGAAAAAAAUUUGUACAGAUUGUCAAAUCUAUUCAAAAAAGUUGGAUGCUAAUCGUGUUGAUAUUGAAUUUCGUGCACAUAUUGGAAGUGCUAAAAGAGAUGUUGAUUUUCCUGGAUUUUUAAGUUUUAUUGAAGGUAGACUGGCUAAAGUGUAUGCCGCAGCAAAUGGUCUACAACAGGAGGAAGCUGCAGCUGAGAUUAAACGAAAAAUUGCUGAAACAUCACCAGCUAUUCAUGGUGGUACUAAAAUCAGUUCUGAUCCAACUAUUUCAAGAUUGACAGACGUGAAAUCAUUUACUGGUUCGCAUAAAGAACGUUUCGAUGCUGAAACUGGUAAAGGUUUGGGUAAAGCUGGUCGUGUAGAUCCAGAACCCUGUUUUACAACUAGUGGAAUUUCAGCUCCAAGAAAAUAAUUUCAAAAAAAACAAACAAUUAUCCAGCGAAAUCUCUUUUUUUUCAAAUUGUAAGACAAAAAAGACGACAUGGAAAGUUCACUUAUUCACUCACUUAUAUCAAAAGGCAUAAGUUAAAUAUCUAUAUUUCAAAUGUGUAUAUAAUUCGUAAUAUACUCAAUUUUCAAUAUGAGAUAUAUAUUUAAACUAUCCAAUCAUGUGUGGUUUAUACAUAUAUAUAUAUGUUUGACCAUUAAAUUAGAUUCUAUACGCAUAAAUAAUAUUAUCACUUGAAUCAAUUGAACAUUUAACCUUGAAAAUUGAUUUUGUUUUACUAAAUAUGUAAAUAUGUGUAUCAAGUUUAAAAAUAAAUGAAACUAAGCACUCUUUUCUUCAGAUAAUCUACACGGGUCUCUUUUAAUUUUGUUACUUUUUAA